AUGGAGGUGCGCGCCUAUAUCGCGCGGCCAUUUAGUCAAAACUUUGUCGUGGGCGUCUUGCUGUUCUGUCUGCCCGGCAUCUACACGGCCCUGACGGGUCUCGGUGCCGGUGGCGGGCAUCCAUCCUCGGCAGACGUGGCCAACAAGACCAAUGCCAUUCUCUACGGCCUCUUUUCCCUCGUCGGCUUCUUUGGCGGCGUGCUCGUCAACGUGCUCAGGCCAAAGACGUGCCUCAUGAUGGGCUCCCUGGGCUAUCCGUUGUACGUCGGCGGCCUCUGGUACUAUGACCGGACCGGGCACUCUUGGUUUCCUCUUCUUGGCGGAGCCGUGCUGGGGCUCACUGGUGGCUUCUUGUGGUCGACGGCCGCGUUUGUUCAGUUUGCGUAUGCUCAAGAAAAGGACAAGGCUCUUUACAUUAGCGUUCAAUGGAUGCUGCGGAGCUUUGGCGCCAUGGUUGGAAGCUCCAUCUCGCUGAGCUUGAAUAUUCAUCAGACUCAUCCAGUCGGUGUGUCAGACGCCGUAUACAUUGUCUUUAUCGUGUUGCAUGCAAGUGCAUUCUUCAUCGCCAUGGUCUUUAUCGUGCACCCGAAAGAUGUGGUGCGGAAAGACGGCUCGCACAUUGCGGCCUCGAGAGACUCCAAAGUCUGGUAUGAAGUCAAGGAAACAGUCAAACUAAUGACAACACGCAAAUAUCUCAUUCUGGCACCGGCACAACUUGGCUGUGAGAUGGGUCUGGCACUUGUCAGCAGUGUCAAUGGUCGCUUCUUCAAUUUGAGAACCCGAUCCGUCAACAAUUUUGCUUACCAGACUAUCCAAAUACUAAUCCCCGGCUUGCUCAUCUGCAUCCUCGACGGCCGCUUCGUCCGGUCCCGUCGUCACCGCGGCCUAUUCGGCAUCGCAGUCAUGGGCACCGUCGCCAUAGCCGGAUGCGUAGGCCUCAUGAGCUGGUUAGAGGUACACCGCGUCGAGUCCCGUCGAGUCUCGGAUCCCUUUGACUGGACGGACCCCGAAUUCGGCGGCAUCAUGGCGUGCUUCCUCUUGUUCGGCGCCACGUAUGCGGGCUACCAGAUGUGUAUCGAAUACAACUUGUCGUCGACGGCGGUUGACCCGGCAAAACUGGCACGAGUGGCGGGAAUGUUUAAAUUCUACUCGACCUUUGGAAUGAUGGUUUCGUUUCUCUUGGCCGGGGAGCGGGUUCCAUUCAUUAGACAGGCGAGCCUGCAGCUUUCCUUUUUUGUACUUGGUAUCAUUGGUGUCGUCUGGGUGCUCAUUUUUCAUGUCGCAGACACUGACUAUCCCUCUCAGGAGGGGCUUCCCAGACCGAAAGAGACUGACAAGGAGUGCAAGGAAGAGGAGCGGAAUAUUUGA